UUAUACAGUAGUCAGACGUCUGCGGAGUUGGUGGCGAAGCUGUAAGGAGCUAUACAGAAACACAGAACGCAACAUGACAAUCACAUCAAAGAAAUUUCUAAGAAAACUUCUGGAAUCAUACGUGUCACUAAGCGUUCUAAUAUUAAUCUCAAGUAAUCAUGCAGCCGAGAUCGAAGGACAUUCGCUCAGAAACCAAACCGCAUUAGAAAUUCCAAACACGACCAUCACUGACAGAUAUACUAGAUUCCUUCAAGAACCAAUAGUUGUAAACGCAGCGACUACAAAGAAAGAUGACAAGAAACCUAAAUCACAAGCAAGUGGCGAUAAUCUGCAGAGUUCCAGCUCUGAAGCAAAGCGCACGGCCAAGUCUCCAUUAGUUCUCAGACUCCUUCAGGAACAAGAACCGACAGACAUCGGCAACCAGUUAGUCUACUCCCCGGUACCAGAGCAGCAGCUCGGACCGGAAGAGAAGUCUCUGUAUUUUCAGCAGACGCCCCAGGAAAUUGCAGCUGGUGUUCCGGAAUAUGCAGAGGCGGAAAUGGAAACACUCACCCACAAAGCGACUGGGCUUACUAAUCCGCCACGUUACCAGUACGUGUACAAAGUGAAGGAUCCUGAAGGUAACGAUUUCGGCCACUCCGAAGCGAGAGUGGAUGGCCGAACCUGGGGGAAUUACUUCGUGCAACUUCCGGACGGGCGUCAGAAGACAGUGCACUACUGGGCAGAUGCCACGGGAUUCCAUGCCGAGGUUGAAUAUAAGGGUCAUGCUGCACACCCCUCUGGAGAAUAACAGUGACUCUUUCAAACCAGAAAACAGCUCAACCAAAGUAGAGGCACAGCGCUUCUGUUUUUAUCCUGACAAAGAUUUCGCUUUUGUACGCGUAAUUACAGUCAUUUCCAGUCAUUAAAAUAGCUUCAGUUCAUAUAUAGACCUAAUCUCUGUUCUAAAUUAUC